UAUUGUUGAGUCAAUACAAUGAAGAUUAAAAUAAAGGUUAAAAUACAGCAAAUCAGACUUGUAAUCCAGCGGAAUAAACGCUAACGCAAAAUUACACAUGUAGUUUACUUAAAAAGUUAACUUUCAAAUUACCUUGCCACUUUGAUCAUCACAUUGAUUCACAGAAAAGGAAGGAUUGGGAUUCCACCAAUUGCGGCAUUGAUCUUGCACUUGUGUCGAACUUUGGUGUCAUGAUCAAAAUAUGCCAGGCACGAGAGAGACGUGCAUGUCAGAGGAACUGAAAGUUGUAAAAGUUACAGGACAAGAGGAGUCUAUAGUAUAAUUUAGAUAAGGGGAUAGCAUUAAACGGUAGAUAUCGCCACAGAAAUGAUAACAUUACUGAGAUAUUUAUUUACAACAAGCGCCGAGAUUGUCUAUUUUAUACUCCUUGAAAGUUCGCAAUUUUGAAGGGUUUAGUAUGAACAGGUACACAUUAACAUUUUAAAAUUUGUAGGAUAUUAAUUUGGAUACAUUGACAGUUGCACGCAAGUUUGAUUUGGUUUACAAUCCAUGAUUUGUUGCAAUUCAAUUACAAUUCGUCAGUGCGAAGAAAUGAAUGCAUGAACUUAUAAAGUGAAUUUGAAUGUAUUUACGUUUGGAAACUGGCGGAAUUGACGCAAAUAUGUCGUCACCGAAGAUGAUCCAAAGAUUAUCAAACGUCUCUAAGAAGCCGUUCAAGGUUGUCGUUCUUGGUCAAAGUGGAGUAGGAAAAUCAGCGUUCACCGUGAGAUUAUUGACGAGACGAUUCAUCGGGGAGUACGACCCGACACUAGAACAGAAAUAUGUAGUUCGUCUAGAGCUUAAUAAAGAUGACGUAGAAGUUGAAGUACUGGACACAGCGGGACAGGAGGAAGAAUCUCUACAUCUAGAUGGUAAUCUCAAAUGGGCGGAUGGAUUUAUUCUCAUCUAUGAUGUCACAGACCGAUGCAGCUUUGAUGAGUGUACCAGACUUAAGUUUCUAAUAAAUCGUGCCAAGAAGGGUAGAAAAAGUAGUUCCAGUGUCGUAUCUCUCCUUGCAGAUAUCCCCGUGGCCCUUGUUGGCAAUAAAAAUGACAAAAUCAACGAAAGACUGGUAUCGGAAGCACAAGGAGAAGAACGAGCGAAGGAUUUAAACUGUCCUAUCUUCUUGGAUACAUCUGUUCGUGAAUCAGUAGACAGUGCGCAUGAUAUAGUCGAGCAACUCUACAGGGAGUUCCAUACACGGCGUAGCCCUCGUCCGCCACAACGCCGUAACAAAAGUGUAGAAAUAAUGGAAGACCCAAACACAGAUGACACUACUGGUGACAAACAGUCAUUGCCCAUGCGCAUUAUGAACAAAGUAAUCCCGGUUGGAUUGCGGCGCAGUAGUAGUGUAAUAAGGCCAGGUGCAUUGCCCCAGCGAUCAAGUGAUACCAUACAAACAGACACUGAUACAGAUGAUGGUUUUACUAUUCCCAUGUACAGGGAAAGACGAAAAGCAGUUCCAUAUAUGGAUUAUCAGCAUCCAUUGUGAUUUAUGUGGAGGCUCAUAUUUAAAUGUAAAUAAAGUAAUUUGUCUCGACGAUAUCCUUAACCAGUGUACUAAAUGACACCUUAGUAUCCAUAGCAUCUUUUAAGACUAAUUCACUCAUAAGGCCACUAAAUUAUGUAGUACAAACGAGCACAUUCUGUGAAUAAUGAUUUAUUCCAAAUUUAGUUUUCUAUUACUAAAUCGGUGCUAAAGGUGAAAAAUUAAAAAAGUGAAAAAGGUUGGUGAAGCUUUUUGUGAAUUUAAUUUCCUCCUUUAGUUAAGGGUCCUGUGCAUGCAACUUUUCAUGAACAAUAAACCAUAUGAUAACA